CACAGGCAGCUGUCGCACGCACACACAUACUCAAUCGUGAACGUUUGCGCAAAGAAAAAACAGCGAAAAUUACGGCGUCUGAAAAAUACGCGAAAAAUCCUUAAUUUUUUGAAAAUAUAUAUAAAAAUACACUUUUAAGAUGUCGAUUGGUGUACCUAUUAAAGUUCUGCACGAGGCUGAGGGCCACAUAAUCACUUGCGAGACAAUCACCGGCGAAGUCUACCGCGGCAAGCUCAUCGAGGCGGAGGACAAUAUGAAUUGCCAAAUGACACAAAUUACGGUUACCUAUCGGGAUGGACGCACGGCCAAUCUGGAGAAUGUUUAUAUACGCGGCUCGAAGAUACGUUUUCUCAUACUGCCCGACAUGUUAAAGAAUGCGCCGAUGUUUAAAAAGCAGACCGGCAAAGGGCUUGGUGGGACAGCCGGUCGCGGAAAAGCGGCAAUACUUCGAGCACAGGCUCGUGGUCGAGGCAGAGGAACUGGUCCUGCUGGCGGCGGUCGAGGCGGUGGUGGACCACCAGGUGCACCCGGUGGCGGCGGACGCGGCGCCUGGCAAGGCGGCCCUACAGGCGGACGUGGACGCGGCGGCUUGUAAGAGGCAACAACGGGAGGAGCACAUUCUACUAUAUAAUUUAAGGGAAUUUAAUCUUAGCGGGCGGGUCGCAAAACUAACAUGUUGAAAAUCUUAUUAUUUGUCAAGAAAACCAGACGGAGUAUAUGAAAAUUGAAUUUCAAAA